AUGUCAAGGAUUAUCGCGAUGCCAUGGAAUUAUCCUCCGGGACAAUCCAGGGAUCAUCGUCUUGUUGGCAUCAUAGAUCUAGAACCCGGCACGCAGUGGGCUAAUGUGUCAAAAUAUUUCAAACAUUAUCGAAUAGAGCGUUACCAUUUCUUCGGAACCCAAGGUAUAGUUCAAUUCUCGACUGCUGACGAAGCAAUUAGGUUUGUUAAUGACAAAAAAUAUUACAUUCCUGAGCUUCGUGCGACUGUAACUAUAUCUCCCAUUCCAUCAAUCGUUGCUCCCAGCCCAUCACAGAGAAAGUCAGUCAGAUCUCAGGUUAUAUGUAUCCAAGUCAUACGUUUGCGAUGCUAUUUGGGAAUCCAUGAUAUAUAUGACGAAUGCUCUCAUUUUGGCAUUGUCGAAAAAAUCAUCUGUUUUGAAAAACAAGGCAAAUUCGCACUUGUACAAAUGCAGACUGUGGAACAAGCAGCGCUAGUUUUGGCUAACCUUACAAUUCCAAAUCGAUACGCACCUUCAUUUGAGUUACGUGUCCAAUAUUCCAAAAAUGCAAAUAUAGUUAUACAAUUCAACAACUCAAAGAGCUUUGAUUUCACUUUGCCGGGAGCAAAAGAACAAUUUGAAUUGGUCAAAGAAGGUUUAACAAAUGAAAUACCAUUCUUUGAACCAGAACCGUCGCCAGAUAUACCAAAAUCAUUUGACUUUGUCCGUCCGGUCCAAUUUGAUCCAGCUUACGGAAAUUCGUUAACAACAACAGGACUUCCACCAAGAAAAGCCAGCUUUGCACGCAACAUAUUCCAGCAAUACGGAAUUGUCCUCAAAGUUAAAGUUAUUCUUAAGCAAAACGAAUGUACAACUCAUAUUCAGAUGAGAAACGCUUUCUAUGCUAGAUUAGCUUUAACAAACUUGAAUUCAAUGACAUUCAACGGCAAGAAGAUCGAUGUUGACCUUUCCACGCGAAGAGAUGUCCAUCCUGAGACAAAUGAAUCGAAAAAUCAAGUUGACUACCAAGAAUACAACGCAGAGCAAGACGACCCAGAUCUCCCGGUAUUCCUUGAGAUGUGGAAUCCAUCAAUAUACGUGGGAGUUCGUCCAAAGUCCUUUAAUCUCAAACAAUUUGCUGAAUCUUCCGGAGCCGAGUAUAUUUUGUCUUCAAACUUCUUGAAAUUCCCUUCAAUAGAUGCUGCUACAGAGUUUAUCGGUGCAAAUAGUCUCCAAACAAUUUCAGGAAAGUUUAUCACUCUUUAUUACGCGAAACCGCCAGAUGUUAAUCUGACUCAUCCUCAAUCACUUGUUAUGUAA